AUUAAGUUUCUAUUUCCUCUCUCCAUUGGGUCAGCGUACAAGAAAUCCAACAGAGAAGGAUAAGGGAGUAGCUUAUCUUGCCCUGGAAAUCAUUAAUGACACACAGGAAUUUUGCUCUUUGUCUGGAAGUGACAGGGAAAAAAAAAAAAAAAAAAAAAUCCAUGGUGGGUCACGUGACCCUGGCAGAUCUCUUCUCAUAAGGGCUGUGUGAAGCUUCUGAAAUCUGUGGAGAUUUUUCUCUGCAGAUGCAGGAAGAAAGCAGGUGGAUGGAUGAAUAAGUAUGGCCUUGCUCCCGGUCACCUUGCUGGCAUUCCUGAGCUUAAGCUCGGGAUGUCACCAUCAGAUCUGUCACUGCUCUCACAGGGUUUUCCUCUGCCAAGAGAGCAAGGUGACAGAGAUUCCUUCCGACCUCCCCAGGAAUGCCGUUGAACUGAGGUUUGUCCUCACCAAGCUUCGAGUCAUCCCAAAAGGAGCAUUUUCUGGAUUUGUGGACCUGGAGAAAAUAGAGAUCUCACAGAAUGAAGUCUUGGAAGUGAUAGAGGCAAAUGUGUUCUCCAACCUGCCCAAAUUACAUGAAAUUAGAAUUGAAAAGGCCAACAAUCUGCUAUACAUCGACCCAGAUGCCUUCCAGAGCCUUCCCAACCUCCGAUAUUUGUUAAUAUCCAACACGGGUAUUAAGCACUUGCCAGCUGUUCACAAGAUUCAAUCUCUCCAAAAGGUUCUACUAGACAUUCAAGAUAAUAUCAACAUCCACACAGUUGAAAGAAAUUCUUUCAUGGGACUGAGUUAUGAAAGUAUGAUUUUAUGGCUGAAUAAGAAUGGCAUUCAAGAAAUACACAACUGUGCAUUCAAUGGAACCCAACUAGAUGAGCUGAAUCUAAGUGAUAACAAUAAUUUGGAAGAAUUGCCUAACGAUGUUUUCCACGGAGCCUCUGGACCAGUCAUUCUAGACAUUUCAAGAACCAGGAUCCAUUCCCUGCCCAGCUAUGGCUUAGAAAAUCUUAAGAAGCUACGGGCCAGAUCAACAUACAACUUGAAAAAGCUUCCCAGUCUGGAUACGUUUGUUGCCCUCAUGGAGGCCAGCCUCACCUACCCUAGCCACUGCUGCGCUUUUGCAAACUGGAGACAUCAAAUGUCUGAGCUUCACCCAAUUUGCAACAAAUCUAUUUUAAGGCAAGAAGUCGAGGAUAUGACUCAGGCUAGGGGUCAGAGAGUCUCUUUGGCAGAAGAUGAGGAAUCCAGUUACACCAAAGGAUUUGACAUGAUGUACAGUGAAUUUGACUAUGACUUAUGCAAGGAAGUGGUUGAUGUGACUUGUUCCCCUAAGCCAGAUGCAUUCAAUCCAUGUGAAGAUAUCAUGGGGUAUGAUAUUCUCAGAGUCCUGAUAUGGUUUAUUAGCAUCCUGGCCAUCACAGGGAACACCUUAGUGCUGAUGAUCCUGAUCACCAGCCAGUACAAACUCACAGUCCCCCGGUUCCUUAUGUGCAACCUGGCCUUUGCCGAUCUCUGCAUUGGAAUCUACUUGCUGCUCAUAGCCUCAGUUGAUAUCUACACCAAAAGCCAGUACCACAACUAUGCCAUCGACUGGCAGACAGGAGCAGGCUGUGAUGCUGCUGGCUUUUUCACAGUCUUUGCCAGUGAGCUCUCGGUCUACACUCUGACAGCCAUAACACUGGAAAGAUGGCACACCAUCACCCACGCCAUGCAGCUAGAAUGCAAAGUGCAGCUCCGCCAUGCUGCCAGUGUCAUGCUGCUAGGCUGGAUCUUUGCCUUUACAGUUGCUCUCUUUCCCAUCUUUGGCAUCAGCAGCUACAUGAAGGUGAGCAUCUGCCUGCCUAUGGAUAUUGACAGCCCCAUGUCACAGCUCUAUGUUAUGUCUCUCCUUGUGCUCAAUGUCCUGGCCUUUGUGGUCAUCUGUGGCUGCUAUGCUCACAUCUACUUCACAGUGAGAAACCCCAACAUCGUGUCCUCCUCUAGUGACACCAAGAUCGCCAAACGCAUGGCCAUGCUCAUCUUCACGGACUUCCUCUGCAUGGCACCCAUCUCCUUCUUUGCCAUCUCUGCCUCCCUCAAGGUGCCCCUCAUCACGGUGUCCAAGUCAAAGAUCCUCCUGGUCCUGUUCUACCCCAUCAACUCCUGCGCCAACCCCUUCCUCUAUGCCAUCUUCACUAAGAACUUCCGCAGGGAUUUCUUCAUUUUGCUGAGCAAGUUUGGCUGCUAUGAAACUCAAGCCCAGACUUACAGGACAGAAACUUUAUCCACUGCCCACAACUCCCACCUGAGAAGUGGCCAUUAUCCUCCAGGUCUCAAGGUUACCAAUUACAUGCUUGGCCCUCGAAGCCACUUAGCCCAGAACUAA